GAUGUAAACAAACGCAGGAGGCCAGCUGGCGGUGGGCGGCCCUUGGACUCUUACUGCUAAAAUUCUUCAGCGGGCGGCCCAUGGACACUCACUGCUAAAAUUCUUCAGAAGGAAGACGAAGGAGAGGGAGAGAAUGUGCCUUUGACACUAAAGUUGUUCUAGCUCUUCAAAAGGAGGACGAAGAAGCGGGAGAGAAUGUGCCUUUGACGAGCAACUGUGCAAAUGACAGAUUUGUUGAUUUCUUUAAUUCGUACGUAGCUCGACGCUGAACUUCCUGCGAUUUCUUCUCGUUUAUUGAGGUGCAAGGCAUGGAUCCCUGGGGUUCAACAAGGGACCCCUCGUCAGAGGCUGGCAUGGGCUUCGAAGACUCCUUUUCGCCACAAGACAAAGACCAACAGGGAGAAGGCAUGUAUAUCCCGCUGGAUGACUCCCUGCAGUACAUCGCUGGCCUCGAAAGGAAGUUGGCUCGAGUUCAGGGCAAGACGAGAAGCCAGCGGCAAGCUGAAAGCCGCAGACUCAUCGACGCCUUGGCCUCAUCCAGGGAUGCCCACACGCAGCAGCUGAUGGAGAGCACGGACGCACGCGCGGAUGCAGACCUGGAGGCUGAUACGGAGCAUCACUCCUCAGCUGCUGUUGAUCCUCAAGGAGCUUUGGGGUCCAUGCUCAGAAGGGUUGCUCCCAACAAAAUCGCUCUGAGCCACGAGGAGCUGUGUCGUCUCCUCGAGGCUGACAUCCUCGCCAAAGUCCAUGACGCCCUGGAGGAGGAGGAGGAGGAGGAGGAGGAAUCGGCCGCGAAGGAAUCCGCAGCCAGCCAGCCGCCAGACGCCCCGCCCAGUGAAGCCAAGGAACCCGAGCGGACGGAGGCGAGCGCAGACGCAGAGCAGGACACCGCCAGACAGCCGACCCCGCAGGCAGCUCCCAAGGAACACUCGUCGGACGAAGGGGAAAAAUAGGGACUGGCAUUUUCUUUCUCCUCCUUUCAAAAACUCUUGUUUGCUGCCUCAUGACCUGUAGUUUACAAUAGGAAACGGAUGUGCGUGGGGGCAAACACCCACACGCACGUGUGUUUACCUGUUAGUAAAAUAUACAGUGGCAUAUAUAGAAGAACUCAUAUACAUAAUAUUAGAGAUUUUGAACAUUAAUUAUUUACGGUAUAAACUUUUGUAUAAUAAAAAUAGAUAAGAA